GCGGACUGGGCAUGCUCGGCAGCCCGGGAGGCUCGCGGUGGCAAGUCGGAAGCGUUCGCACCAGCGGGGCGGCGGGCUGCAGGCGGCGGACAGGUCGGGAGUGAGAAGGACCGGCCCGGGCUGACUGCUCUCCCCUCGCGCCUAGAGAGCCGGUCGGAGAGCGCGAUUGGGGUGCGGAGCCCCUACGCUGCCCUGCCCCGGAUUUCAUUUCGCGGCGGGGGGCUCCGCGAGCGGAAUUCCGGCGGCUGCCGUGACUCCAGUGCAACGUGACGACAGCAUGUAUGAUCCCUGAAUGGGCCUGUGGGCAUAUUUAGUCAUUCAUUUUUGAUCAGGAGAAAGAAGACAGCCAUCAUUUGAAAGGUAAAGCUUCAGUGACUGAAGGGGUGUGGACUUUUUGAAUUUCAAGAACAGUAAAGUUGGAACACAGCAGAGGGUGUGUAAUAAAAGACAAUACAGAGUCCUAGAUAUAAACGAGUCAGUUGUGGGUCUCUGCCUGUGGAUGCAUUUCUUCUUCACAUGGAGUGCAGAAAAUUGAUGUUUGCUAUUGUGAAUUAGAGGCAUCAUCUCUAUUGGAAAGAAGACUGAUGAAGAAAAAUAACAGCAUGAUUCAGGCACACCAUUGAGUUCUUCGGGAUGCCCAAAAGUGUCUGGUUGGGAAACAUGAAAUAGAAGACGAGACCCUGCCUCAGCAAGCGUACCUGAGAAUACUUUUAAAGGAAUCUUGAUAAAUGCAAAACAGUAGCUGUUGCAGCCAAUCCCUCCAUUUGGGGUCCCUGACUUCCCGCAACAUUUGUGGACGCAAGUUUGCAAGUUUUCAUGUCUUUUGAGUGUGUUCUUAGAAGUAUAUUAUUGGGUGAUGGAACUGUACUGGAACGAGGAGAGAAGCUGGUAGCUUAUAGGAAGCCAAGAUGACAAGAAUGUUUUUAAAUAAUCUAAGGAAGAAUCCUGCUCAAAAAUGAGGUGAAUUAAUGCUUGGGCGCUCAGGAACCCUGGACAGCUACAUGAGGUGUUUAAAAACUGCCCUGACCAUCUUGCCAAACAAGUCUCUGCUCAUGAGGCCCCACAGGAUGAACGAGCCGAGGCAGGACAGUGUCCUGCCCUGUCGGAACAGUGACUGCUGACCUGCCAAGAGUGAGCUGGGGACUGCCUGCUGUCUGCCAGUACAAUGAAGGAAGUGGUUUAUUGGUCACCCAAGAAGGUGGCAGACUGGCUGCUGGAGAAUGCUAUGCCAGAAUACUGUGAGCCUCUGGAGCAUUUCACAGGCCAGGACUUGAUCAACCUAACCCAAGAGGAUUUCAAAAAACCCCCCUUGUGCCGAGUCUCCUCUGACAACGGGCAGCGGCUCCUGGACAUGAUAGAAACCCUGAAAAUGGAGCACCAUUUGGAGGCACACAAGAACGGCCAUGCCAACGGGCACCUCAACAUUGGCGUAGACAUCCCCACCCCCGACGGCAGCUUCAGCAUCAAGAUUAAACCCAACGGGAUGCCAAAUGGGUAUAGGAAAGAGAUGAUAAAGAUCCCCAUGCCAGAACUGGAGCGCUCUCAGUACCCCAUGGAGUGGGGCAAGACUUUUCUGGCUUUUCUUUAUGCACUUUCCUGUUUUGUUCUCACCACAGUGAUGAUCUCGGUCGUCCAUGAACGAGUACCUCCUAAGGAGGUGCAGCCUCCGCUACCGGAUACAUUUUUUGACCAUUUUAACCGGGUGCAGUGGGCCUUUUCUAUUUGUGAAAUUAAUGGCAUGAUCCUUGUAGGACUCUGGUUAAUUCAGUGGCUGCUCUUAAAAUACAAGUCUAUUAUUAGCAGAAGAUUUUUCUGCAUAGUUGGCACGCUGUACCUGUAUCGGUGUAUUACAAUGUAUGUAACUACACUCCCAGUACCUGGUAUGCAUUUCAACUGUUCUCCGAAGCUUUUUGGAGACUGGGAAGCCCAACUGCGAAGAAUAAUGAAGCUCAUUGCUGGAGGUGGCUUGUCUAUAACUGGCUCUCACAACAUGUGUGGGGAUUAUCUGUACAGUGGCCACACGGUCAUGCUAACACUCACCUACUUAUUUAUCAAAGAGUAUUCCCCUCGGCGACUCUGGUGGUAUCACUGGAUUUGCUGGCUUCUCAGCAUAGUUGGAAUCUUCUGUAUUCUCUUAGCGCAUGACCACUACACUGUGGACGUGGUGGUGGCAUAUUACAUCACCACGAGACUCUUCUGGUGGUAUCACACUAUGGCCAAUCAGCAAGUGCUAAAGGAAGCUUCCCAGAUGAACCUCCUGGCCAGGGUGUGGUGGUACAGGCCAUUUCAGUACUUUGAAAAGAAUGUCCAAGGAAUUGUACCUCGAUCUUACCAUUGGCCUUUCCCCUGGCCAGUAGUCCACCUCAGUAGGCAAGUUAAAUACAGCCGGCUGGUGAAUGACACAUAACAGCUGUACAAAGUGGGGAAAAGACAAAUUGUCCGAAGUGCUAAGAACUCCAUGAGAGAAGAUGCCAUAAAAUAAACGCCUCCCUAAUCCUAUUAUCUUUCAAUGGUUACCUUGACUUAACCUAUUGAGUUACCUGGUCAGCACUGUGAUCUUUUUUUCUCUCCAAAGGACCUGCGUUGGACAACAAUAAAGAAAAAUUUAACCUAUCACGCACUGUACACAUUUCCUGUUCAUAAGUUUGGGAUUUACAUAACCCGCAACCACCAUGUUCCUUUGUAUAUGAUGCAACAGCAUAAAUGUAAGCUUUUAUAUCAUAAGUUCUGGUCUUUCCAGUCACAUCUGGAAAUAAAGCGUAUUAUUUUCUUGGGAAAACAUACUUUUCAUAUCUCUUGCCCCAAAGAUUGGGCUGUAAGCCAUUUUCUAGCAAAUGUCUCUAUGAAGGUUUCUAAGUACCUGAAUGGGGUUUGAUUCUGAAAUCUUUCUACCUGUUGCACCGAUAUUCAAAUAAAAAUGAUAGACACAGAAAGGUUUGGUAACUUUGGGUUUUGUAAAAUCAGCAAAGACAGUGUUUCAAAAAGUGCAAAAAAAAAAAAAAGAUUCUGUUAUAAAGUGAUUUUCUAAGUAUUUCCUAACUUUAUUUUUCAAACUGAUGUUAUGAAAACCAAAUUUAAAGAUUUUUAACAUGUCAGAGAGAAGAGAGUUAAAAUUUAAAAGUGCAUCUUGGGAGAGAAAUUUGUCUAUGUUUCUAGUGCCUUUCUUGUCUUGAUUGUAUGGUCAGUAGGCAAUCUUAAAUGUUUUUAUUUAAAAUAAAGUAUUCCAUGAAAAUAUAAAUAUAUGUAUACACUACUAAAUUUUGCAUUUAUAGCUAAAUUGAAUCAGAAGACUGCUUAUGGUUUUAAAAUUGCGAUGACUUAAAUAAUGAGGUUGUUAAUUAGAGUCAGAGCCUGUUCACAUAUUGUGAUCAGGUAGCAAUGACAUGUACCACUUAAAUUAUUUUAUCGUCAAUUUGGUAGUUCGAUUUUAACUACUCAAUUAAAACAGCCAUGAAUAUCUUUUCUUAAAGAGAGUUUUGAAAAUGAUCACUUACCUAAAACUUGAAAGAUAUGAAUUAGUUAUCCAUACUCUCAUGACAAUUUUGUUGGUGAACAACAAAAAAGAGAUCUAUUUCUUUAAAAGAUAUUUGUGCAGAAACUGCAUGUAACUCUAAGUUUUACUCCUAACAUACAUAUGUUUGGGGAAGUAUUCUAUUCUAUACUUGCCAAUGUGGAGAACAAAAUAGUUUUUUAAGAAUGAAGAAGUAUAUAUAUCCAUUCUGUAUUUUACGUGCAGCAGAAUUAUCUUCCGUAGGAUUUUUUUGUGUAUUCACAAGGUGAUAUUUGUAUUGUAAAACAAUAACGGUGAAGGAAAUAAAAAGGCUUUUAAAAUUUUGUUUGUUUUAAAUCUUUGUAAAGUUAUUAUUCCAGAGAGUAUGCUGGUAUCUUACAGCUUACCUAGAUCAUAAAUUAAUCAAAAUGCACUUUUUAAUAAAAACUGAUACUUAAA